CAAGGUCAUGUUAUCACUUAAGCGUAGAAUCGCGCCUGACACAAUCUCUAUACAAAAGGAUAAUUUCCCUUUUCUACGGUGCACUUCUAGACCCUGCCAAGAAGCCAGGUAUGGAACAUUUAUCAACUCGAACACGCUUGAACUAAACUCUUAUCUGAGAACUACAUACUGACCUAUUGCGGCCCUCCUCCUACCAGGACCCGUUUGAAUACGAAAGUUAAUGUUUGACAGCACGAGGGCCUGUUCACUCAUGCCUGUCUAUUUUGUGUUUCCAAACACAACGUACCUGACAGGCAUGUUGGUUCGCCGCAGGUAAAAUUUGUUAACGUUAGUUUUUGUGUACAGAACUCCCUGCAAUCCAGAUUGUUGCCAGUGUCCACAUAGGCAGGUCUUCGGCACAAGCUCUAGAAUACCCCAAAGAAAUUUGGCUUGGCCCUUAAUUCAGGCGGACAAUAUCACCGGGGCUGGCCAAGCGGGAUAGAAGCUCACAGUUACGCGCGGAGAAAACCCAGCCGACAGCGCUGGGAGAGACAGUCUUAAAGUAGUAACUUUUCUACAGUCAACCAUGGCAAGCAAGUCGGAAAAUGUUACCCCUGCGAAAGACGCUCCCGCACCCGAAGACAAACCUUCCACGGGCGGAGAUGUCGUCAAACUGAAGAGACGGAUCAACCUCUUCAACGGGGUAACGAUCCUUGUCGGUACGAUCAUCGGGUCUGGGAUAUUCGUCUCCCCGAAGGGAGUCCUGCUGAACUCCGGUGGUUCCGUCGGGGUGGCGAUGAUCGUGUGGACGGCGUGCGGUAUCCUGUCCGCUUUCGGCGCCCUGAGUUUCGUCGAGCUCGGUACCUCUAUUACAAAGUCAGGAGGCGACUACGCCUACCUGUACGAGGCCUUCGGUCCCAUCCCUGCUUUCCUGCGGCUGUGGACGCAGUUUGUGUUGAUCCGGCCAGCUGUGAUGGCGGUCCUGUCGCUGACAGCCGGGAGGUACAUCCUUCAGCCUUUCUUCUUGGACUGCGACACGCCCGAGCCCGCCAUCAAACUACUGGCUGCGUCGGCGAUCCUUGUGCUGACGUUCAUGAACUGCUACAGCGUGAAGUUGUCCACCUGGAUACAGGACGUCUUUGCUGUGGGGAAGGUGCUCGGACUCGGGGUCAUCAUAGUCGCAGGAAUCGUCCAACUGGCGAACGGUGCCACUGAAAACUUCCAAAAUACGUUUGAAGGGAACACAAUCUCACCAGAAGGAAUUCCUCUUGCCAUUUACUCGGGCCUUUUUGCUUUUUCGGGCUGGUUCUACUUGAAUACAUUGACAGAAGAGGUCCAGAAUCCAAAAAGAAACCUUCCUCUGGCUAUCUUGAUCGGCGUCGCCGUCGUCAUGGUGAUCUACCUUCUAACUAACAUCGCGUACUUCACCACCCUGACACCACAGGAAGUCCUGACGUCAGAUGCCGUGGCAGUGACCUUCGCCCAGCGCGUGCUCGGUGUGAUGGCCUGGGUGGUACCGGUAGCAGUGGCUGUCUCCUGCUUCGGCUCAACUAAUGGACUCUUGCUGUCUGCAUCAAGGGUGACGUUUGUCGGUGCCCGUGACGGAUAUCUCCCAGACCUGCUGGCCAUGAUUCACGUCAACAUGCUCACACCUCUGCCUGCAGUGGCGUUGCUGUGUCCAAUAGCUCUCCUGAUGCUGACCACCAAUGACGUGUACAGGCUGAUCAACUUCCUGAGCGCCGUACGGUGGCUGUUCAUCGGCCUGGCCACCGCCACGGUGCCGUACUUACGCUGGAGGAGGCCGGACAUGCACCGCCCAUGGAAGGUGCCACUGGUGCUGCCCAUCAUCUUCUCCUUAGUGUGCGUAGUAGUCGUGGCCAUGUCUCUUUACUCCGCCCCGGUGGAUGUCGGGAUAGGUCUGGCGCUAACCCUGACCGGAGUUCCCGUGUACCUUCUGGCGGUUUGGAGGAACAAGCCGGGAUGGCUGAUCAAGUUUACAGCAUCAGCUACGCGGGCGUUACAGAGUAUACUACUCGUUGUUCCACAAGAAGCGCCAUCUUCUACCUCUGAGAAUCCGCAGGAAACAGCAUCUCAGUCAUCUCCUACCUCUAAAACUGAAAAGAAAGACGCAAGCAGUGUCUCCACGUAUCUGUAGGACAAAGUCGAGAUGGCAGUCUCCUCUCCCUUACUCAUGCUGCUUAUUAGAAAUCCCUCCAGUUUGCCACAAGCAAAAUUGGCAGCACUGAUCCUGAGAUACAUGGCAAUACUGUAUUGUCUAUACUGGUUAUGACAGAAACACAGUCUGGAGCUUAA